AUGGAUGCUGUCUGCUACAAUACCUCCUUGAGGCAGAGUCUGGAUGUCCAGAAACAGGUCUACCGCCAGAUCGCCAGCUUAAAGUACUUAGAAGAGUUGUGGCUAGGAGAUGGCGCCCUCUUUCCGGAAGAUUUUGAGGAUGUCGACGAGCCCUCGGCUGCGUCAGCAGGAUCGGGGACCAAGGAGGUAAUAUGGGAGCCCUACAUGUAUGGCCUGAAUUAUGGAAAUGGACACCAAACAACAUGCUUGGAGCUUACGCUUGACAGCGGGCUGGAUAUUCUCAGGACGUUAACUGAGUUGAGGGUCAUCGACAUCACAAGAAUGAAACACCCGCUUGGAGUGGAAGAGAUGGAGUGGAUGGAGGAUAAUUGGCCGAACCUCCGUACCAUCAAGGGGCUCUUUGCAAAACUGCCAAGAUGUCCUUAA